AUGGAGGGAGCAGAAGAGGAUGACAUGACACAUGGAGACUUGGGAAACGGACUUGGGAGACGACCUGGAGGUGUUUAUGAAGGGGAAAAUUUACAAAACUGCUAUUCAUGUAGAUCCAGGAAGGGAUCUGGAAAAGUUUGCAAUUUCCUCAUAUCAGCAAAGAGAGUGGAAGAAAGUGAUGCUGCAGCUCUUUCCGGUUCAAAACGAAACAGUUUUUACGACGGAUCAUCCAAAAAGCCUGUUGCUAGUUCCACACGACAAAGUAGCUGUGAGUCUAAUACUGAAGUGUCAAAUGAAGAACUAAAGCAACAACUUCAGGAAGCUCUAGAGGAAGUUGAAAUUUUGAAAGUUGAGCUUGAAGCAUCUCAAAGACAACUUGAAGGAAAAGAUGAAGCUCUAAGAAUUCUGCAGAGCAUGGCAGUAUUUAAUAAAGCCACUAGUCACACAAAAGCAAUGCUUCAAAAAACUGAGGAAGAAAAGAGAACUUUAGAAAAGGAAAUAAAUAUCUUGCAAUGGGAAAUUGAAUUUGAUCAGGAUAGAUUUAAAAACAUAGAAGACACAUGGACAGAAAAGUAUGACAGGUUAUAUUGUGAAAAUGCAGCUCUCAAGGAAGCAUUGAAGCUGAGAACAGAAGAAGUUAAAACUCUUAAAGCUGAAAAUACAGUAAGCCACCAACAGCUAUGCCUCUUAAUACACUGUUUCACAGGAAUAAUUCAGGAUUUAGCUGUUGAAGAAGCUUUCUGUCUCAAUAAGUCUCCUGUUACUGGCAGCUGA